AGAUGCCUGUUUGCUCCUAUUUCCUGAAGGGGAUCUGCAGCAACAGCGAUUGUCCUUACAGCCAUGUCUACGUCUCUAGGAAAGCAGAAGUGUGCUCAGAUUUCCUCAAGGGCUACUGUCCACUUGGAGAGAAGUGCAAGAAGAAACACACCCUGGUGUGCCCGGACUUCUCCAAGAAUGGCUUCUGCCCCAAAGGGGCCAAAUGCAAACUGCAGCACCUUCAGCGGAAAGUCCGUGCCCGGCAGCCCAGCCCCAGAGACUCCUGCCAACCGGAAUGCUCUGCGCCAAAGCGGGGUGCGCCUUACGGAACAGAGAGCAGGGGAUGUGGAAGAGUCUCCGGGGCCUUCCGGCGCUGAGCAGGAGGGAGGUGUCUGGAGCCGCAAGGCCAGCUCUCAAACCAGCAAGCUAAGCAAGCUGCCCUCCUUCAUCUCUCUCCAGUCGCCUUCCACCUCUCCAACCGAGGAAGAACGCAAGCCGGAGCGGGACAAGCCUAGGGAGGAAGCAGGAAAGCCCUUACAGAUUAAGCCCCGACUGUGACUCCUCUACGUGGAGACCCAGCCAGCCUCCGUGGCUACCAGACCUUCAGGCAACCAUCUCAGGAACUUGACGCGGCCGGACUUGCCGGGCAACUACCUCAGGGAGCCAAUGGGCGAGGGUCUCGUGCCAUUUCCCCCUCUCCCCCUCCCCAGACGAGGGGAGCAGAGCCCAACCUGGGCUCCAGUGGGUGGCUUUGUGGUUUUAGUUUAUUUCCAAAAAUAAAAUAGAGUCUUAAAA